AGACGAGCGGAUGGGAGAGAAAUGUCCUUCAUAUAAACCAGACACAAUCAAGCAGGUAGCACAAGAGGAGGAGACUGGAGCAUCUUUUUCACCGCCAAGUGCGUGUUGGAGAAAACCAACCCAGACAUGCUUCUGUUGAUAUGCACACUUUGGACCACAGCCCUGAUAGGUGCAAUCAGUUCGGAGGGGGUGUGUCUGCAAGAUGGCAAGCACAAGGCAUCUCCCGGCCCGGAGCCUCAUCUGAAGGAGUGUUCGCUCUAUGCCGACAACAGCUGCUGCACUCAGGAACACGUCCGGGACAUUUCCCAUCUUCCCUCUACCAGCAAUCACAACCAACCUUGGGACAAGUGUGGGCCCCUCAGCUCUGCGUGUGAAGGCUUCCUGAAGCGUGUGUCGUGUUUUUACCACUGCUCCCCAGACGCCGCCCGCUGGCCUCAUCCCCAUCGCCGCUCCUACAUCCAGGCCGUGCCACUCUGCCACAGCUUCUGUCGAGAUUGGUUUGAUGCAUGCAGGACAGACUUGACUUGCGCUCGUAAUUGGGCCAGAGACCCCAGAGGACAGAACUGCACUGGAACCUGUGUUCAGUAUCAGCAGAUGUAUCAGCAUGGCCGAGAUUUGUGCGAGAGCCUGUGGGGUGACGCCUUCAUGACAGUGGAGGAUGCCUCCCAGGAGGUGAGGGGUGUCCUAGACAACGGCAGCCCGGGCGGCGGUCGCCCGUGCAGCUGCCUGACCCUCGGCCCCGCCGACAAAGACGUCGUCGCCGCCCUCCGAGCCCAGCGGGACGACCCGGAGGAGCUGGACAGCACCAAGCCCGCGUACACAUCUCCCUGCCGGGCCAAGCUGCCCCCUCUGACAAGAAGCGGCCGGAAGGGCAACUCCGUCCUUCGCAAACGCUCCAUCGUGGUGGACGACGGGGAGGGCAGCGGAAGUGGCUUGUAGAUAAAUGAGGAGGUAACUGUAACUAGAUCUUAUUACGCAACACGUGGAGUUUCCGAAUGCUAACUAUGCCGGCUGUCAUUAUCAUAUUCCAACGUUCAUAAUCGUCGCUUAGGUAAGUGGACGCAUCUCUACUUCGCGACCUUGCUUCUCUUCUCCAUCAUCAAGGUGACGUCAAGUCUGUGCUAUGCAGGUGUUGUGAUCCCGUGUAAUAUGCAGCAUGUUUGUCAUUAGGGGUGGAACGCUCAAGAUCACUAUGGAUGUGGGACAGGAAGCGUUUGGUAUGCUAAUGACACCGGAGAAGACGCAUUUAGUAUUCAAUAGCAAAAUCUGCUCGUCAGCUGUAGACUAAAUCCGCAGAAGCAAGAGGAGAUAAUGUGUGGUUAGCUCGGUCCUCAAGGUACAAUUACAACAUGUAGCUCGAUUUAAAUGUUUGGGGUUUUUUUAAAGGAAGGGAAAAUUCUCUAAUAUGGUUGUUGUUUCUGUGCCGUCCUUUUACAUUCUCAAUAAAGAAAACUUUCUAAAUGUCA